AUGGCUUCCAUGCAUGAUGAUCCUGCCCCUGACUUCCUCGCUCUCCUCCAGCCCUCCUCCUCUCUCAACAUCUCAUCACAAACGGAACCUCCUCCUCGCUCCCCUCCUGACAUUUUCGACCUCCUCCACGAGCCCCUCUCCUCCCCCACCUGCCUGGAGUGUGGAGACGCAAUUUGGCACGAGGACACGUCCUCCAGCACGACAAAGCCUGAGAUUUACGAGGACCUCUGCCUCCUCUGCCUCCUCAGCAAGCAAGACCCUCCUUCCCAACCCUCAAACACGGAGGAGCCCUCCCUUCAAGACGCUGACCAGCGGCUCUGUCCAGGGCCUGCUUGCUCCUCUCCCGAUGACCCCAAGAACACCAAGCGAGCGUGGGGCGACGUCGAGCGCACGGCGCACCGGCAAGCAUGCAUCGGCAAGAAGCGCCUCACGCUCCAGGAGAAGGCCGAGAUCAUCCAGCUCUACUACAGGGCCGGACAGGAGGAGAGCCCCAUGAAGCAGAUGACCAUCGCAGAGACGUACGGGAAGAGCCGGGCGGCGAUCAGCAAGCUGCUACGACCAGAGAACGCGCAUCGGGUGAUGGUGCGCUUUGCGGAGAAGAAGAAGGCGGGGGCGAAGGGAAGGCCAGGGCAGCGAGGACGAGGGAGGACGAGGCCGGGAGGGAAGCAGGGAGACAGGACGGAGGUGUGGAGCGUUAUGGAAGGAGCAGCAGUGGAAAUACGUCACAUGCAGGAGAAACGAUGA